UUUGUGAUAGCAUAUUACACUGAGAUUCAGACAAGGAGUAAAACAAUGUAAUGAAAAAGGCCCUACAGACAAGAAGUAAAAUGUAAUGAAAAAGGCCCUACACAAUCAAGAGUGCCAGAGGCUAUAAUAAAUACCAUUAAAUUAGGAACAUAAACAGUAGAACUGCUCAAGAUAGCAGUUUGCCAAGUAUUUGUGUUAAAGCUUUAAGGUAAGUACUGGGGUGGCAAAUUACACUCUGAAAUCCAUGUACUUGGUGCCUUUCAAAAUACAUGCCUGAAAAUGCCACCCAUCUUGAAAGUCAGUCAAGUCUUAACAGGUAUUUUAAACAACAAUUUGAUUAUAUGCAAUAUCUCUGCUGAAAGUUUCAUGAAAGUUAAAUAUCUAAGCUUAAAACUUCAAUCUGCUGUGGUGUUUGCUUUCUCAAGCCCAUCCUUGCUGCCUGCAUUGGCUACACAGACAGCACAGCUGCAGCAAGAAGUGAGGGACCAGGUGUGACCCUAAUUUUGUCUGGGGCAAAAUCAGAGAACAUUUACAGUGUGCGAGAGGAGGAAAGAAGGAAUGCUUUCAGGGGGAGGGCGAGCAUGUGGGAGUGUGGGUGAGAGAGGGAGACCUGGGCCCUGAGUCGUCCUGCCUAUAAUCCCCGUCACCAAACACUCAUUCAGUUAUCAGAAGCAUUUCAGAGCCCUCGAGAUUAAUGGCUGGUGCCAUGUAAACAGAGCCUUAUAUUGGGAAGAACGAGUUACCAACAAGCCAGUGUGCAGAGGGAGACCGAGGCAGCCUCCUGUCCCUCGCAGUCCCAGCCAUCCCGAGAUGGGCAACAGUUUGAAAGCCAUACUUGCUUUUGUGCCCUCUAACAAGUGCCAGAAGUACCUCCUAGAAGACCUAGAAGAGAUGCCAGUGGAUAAAAUGGUCGAUCUGAGUGGCAGGCAGAUGAGACGGCUGCCUGUGCACAUCUGCUCUUUUAGGGAAUUGGUUAAGCUGUACCUGAGUGACAACAACCUGAACCAUCUGCCCCCCGAGCUGGAGCAGCUGCAGAACCUGCAGAUCUUGGCACUGGACUUCAACAACUUCAAAGCACUGCCCCUAGUUGUGUGCACGCUGAAGCAGCUGUGCAUCCUCUACCUGGGCAACAACAAGCUGUGCAGCCUGCCCCUGGAGCUCCGACUCCUGCAGAACCUGAAGACGCUGUGGAUCGAGUCCAACUGCCUGCAGUACCUGCCCGAGGUGGUGUGCGAGCUCAGCCUGCUCAAGACGCUGCACGCGGGCUCCAACGCCCUGCGUGGGCUCCCCCGGCAGCUGCAGGGCCUGCAGGAGCUGCGCACCAUCUGGCUCUCGGGGAACCUGCUGUCCGAGUUCCCGCCCGUGCUCCUGGACAUGCCCUUCCUCGAGGUCAUCGACGUGGAUCGCAAUUCCAUCCGCUUCUUCCCCAGCCUCGCUCACCUGCCCGGCCUGAAGCUGGUGAUCUACGACCACAACCCCUGCAGGAACGCGCCCAAGGUGGCCAAAGGGGUGCGCAGGGUGGGCAGAUGGUCAGAGGAGAGCCCGGAGCCCCGCAAGCGAUCGGGGGCGGUGAUAGAUAUCGCGCUGGACGAGAAGCCAUUGCUACCUCCUGCCGCCAAGGCCGAGCCCGACGCCGAGCCCUGCUGACGCUCAGCUGCCCCUUCUGGCCAAGGUGGCAGCGCACUCCCGCCGCCGCCCAACCUCUACCUCUCCCUUGCUUGCUGGUGUCCAGGGAGCACCACACCGCACGGCAAUCUCAGGAGUACGUGCACCAGCUUGGAGAUAAUGUGACAGCACAACUCUUGUACAGACACCUCUUUGUCUUUGUGCAGCACCCAGCACCCU